AUGACAGAAGAACCUAUGCGGGGGAACCGCCGCAGCCUCCGCCAUCUUCCCCAGAAUAGCACAAACAGUGACGUCGGUCCUCCUGCAUGCCAAAGAGGGCAGUCCGCCAACAUCCCUUCAUGCAAUGCGCAACUCUUUGGGAAAAGAAGCCGAACUGUGAGGGCGGAAGUUCGUUGUGUUGUGGCGCUGGCAAUCGCAUGUGUUUGGGAUUCUGAAGUUGUUUUGCGAGGUUUCUCCUAAAACACAUUCCAUGAUCUGAAAAGGGUGUUUUGCAAAGGUUUGUGAGCAUGGCAGUUAAGUUAUAAAGUUAAUGUUGUUAGUAAACGUUGUUAAAAAGCCGUGAUUUGGUUACCGGUCGUUAGUGUCAGCUAAGGUGGGAUCCCAGUAAUAAUGCAAAAAAAUUGGUGCUCAACGUGUUAUUGGCCUGUUCCCCUGUUCCUCCUGUCUCAGCAGAUGACUGCCCAGGAGGUGCGGCUGUGUGGCCUGCUGCUACAGGAGCACUUUGGAGAGGUAGUGGAGAGGGUAGGCACUCACCUGCUCAGAGGAGGGGCACAGAACCUCAGGACCAUCGCCAAUGAGACCAACACACCACUGGACCUGGUACUAUACACACACACACACACACACACACAAAAUAUUGUUCAACCUAGGUGGUGACCCUGUCUCUUCUGCAGGUGAAGAAGUCUCUGUGUGUGUUGGUACAGCACGGUGCUUGUGAGUUCGGGUCGGGCCGGCGAGGCCCCGGGAGCCCAGUUGAGUACCGGGCCAAUUGUGAGCGGGUUCUAAGGGUUCUGCGGUACCCGCGGUACAUCUACACAGCUAAGACCCUGUAUGGAGACACAGGAGAACUCAUCGUGGAGGAGGUCCUACAACGAGGCCACAUGACCAUGAGCAACACCGUCAAGACUGUAGCUGACCGACUCACUCAUAACAUGGAGGGUGUGUGAGAGAGAGAUUACAAGAUGUAUGAUUAUUCAAUAUUUUCUUCUCCUUCUCUCAUGAUUUCUCUCUCUCUGUAGAGGGUCGUAGUAUGGAGUACAGUGAGGUGGUCUCCGCCUUCUCUAAGUUGGUGGAGACUCACUUCCUGCAGCGCUGUCCUCCGGUGGCCGAGAUGGGAGCUGCAGCCCCAUCUGCUUCCCCGGCGACCCCCGGCACCCCUGCCGCCCCCGCCUCCACUGCCCCCCCAACGGCAGAGAGCAACCCUGACUGCUACAAGCUGCCCCAUGUCACACUAAUAGGUACCCCAAACACUUUGUCUCAUAUGACACUUAGUACCUUUUCACCUGUGUACAUACCCACAUGUAAACCUCCUGCUAUAUGUAAUUCAGUAAAUAUUUGGUAUACACUCACUCGCUUCUUGUGUUGUGUUUGUGGGGCAGGUCGUGGGAAGCGCAGGCGCUCCAGUGAUGACAGUGAGGAGCAGAGAGGAGGGAAGAAAGCCAAGAUGGACUCCGAGGUCAGACCCUCUACUCUUAACACUCAGAGAUACUGGGCCGCUAUAGAGAAUCAGAGAACCUUGUUCUGUUCUUCUUUUACUCCUCUCAAUAAGGAAUGGAACCGUUUGAAUGACUUGUGCCUCUUUCUAUCCCCUCCCUCCCUCUCUUUCCAGUCGUGUGGUGAUGAGGGGAUCUACUGGCAGGUGAACUUUGAGAGGUUCCAUCAGCACUUCAGAGACCAGGCCAUCAUUAGUGCUGUAGCCAGCAAACUGGACCAGGUCAGUGUCUCACAGACAGACCCCUACAGACCACCUCAGACCAUUGUAGACCAGGAGAGAUGUAAUGGAGGUGGUCUACGUCAGUGGUCCCAGACCGGCUGUCAACUUACUCUUGAAAGUUCUAAUAGUAGAAUGCACAAGGUGCAAUUUCCAAAUUGGGUAGUGCAUCAUCAGUUUUCCUCUUGUCAUUGCAUACCUUAGAGAGCUAUUUAUAACUUGUCAGAAAUGUCCAGAUCAACUAGCCCAUGUUAGCUAACGUCUUUUAGCUAGGUUUUUUAGCCCACAGAUUUUGUAGUAAUGUUCGAGUCACUCAGAUAUCACAUGAAUACACAUUAGACAUGGCAAAAUGUAUAGAAUUCCAAGAAAAGGUGCUUUAAAACGGUAACAUUUUCUCUGCACCCCGUGACAAAAUGUGUAGAAUUGCAGGAAAUAAGCUUUAAACCUUUCUCUCCACCAACAAGAGGGGUGUGAACAGUUUGUGUCAUGAACAGUGCUUGUGCCCAUAGAAAUAGACGUGGUGUGCGGGGGGGCGCGGGAUGUUCCCCUAUUCUGGAAGGGGGGCCUGAGUGAAAAAGUUAGGGAACUCCUGGUCUAAGUUUCUCUCUCUCUCUCUUCUCCCCCCCCCCCCACCCCAACAGACCAGCAGUGAGAUAGUGAGGACUAUGUUGAGGAUGAGUGAGGUCACCACCACACAGACCGCCGCCUACACUCAGCCCCUCUCAGCCAAUGAGAUCUUCCGCUCCCUCCCGCCAAACUACAGCAUCAGCCGACCAAUCUUGGACCAGUACCUCUCACUGCUGGUGGAUGACCCGGUAGAAGCAGACCUAGGAUCAGAUUACCCUCCCCAUAUCCCAACAUUAACCAUUAGGAGAGAAAUUGCAGGACUGACAUUGGAUCAGUGCCUAGGGGGCUGGUAAACUGAUGUUUUCUCUCUCUGUUCCUCAGAUGGAGUUUGUGGGGAAAUCAGGUGACAGUGGAGGAGGAAUGUAUGUGGUCAGUAUCCUUUUACAACCCUGAUGAAACCUGUUUGAGUUUCUCAUCCACACACUAUCACACCAUGAAGUAGCCAUAUUGGCUGAAUAUUGCAGAGACAAGUCGCCUAUGUAUAAUAUUGCAGAGACAAGUCACCUAUGUAAAUCUGCAGAGAACAAGUCACCUAAUGUUAAGAUUGCAGAGACAAAGUCCGCCUGAAAUGUUAUAAAUUGAUUUGCAUUUUAAUGAGGGAAAUAAGUAUUUGACCCCCUCUCAAUCAGAAAGAUGUCUGGCUCCCAGGUGUCUUUUAUACAGGUAACGAGCUGAGGUUAGGAGCACACUCUUAAAGGGAGUGCUCCUAAUCUCAGCUUGUUACCUGUAUAAAAGACACCUGUCCACAGAAGCAAUCAAUCAGAUUCCAAACUCUCCACCAUGGCCAAGACCAAAGAGCUCUCCAAGGAUGUCAGGGACAAGAUUGUAGACCUACACAAGGCUGGAAUGGGCUACAAGACCAUCGCCAAGCAGCUUGGUGAGAAGGUGACAACAGUUGGUGCAAUUAUUUGCAAAUGGAAGAAACACAAAAGAACUGUCAAUCUCCCUCGGCCUGGGGGUCCAUGCAAGAUCUCACCUCGUGGAGUUGCAAUGAUCAUGAGAAUGGUGAGGAAUCAGCCCAGAACUACAUGGGAGGAUCUUGUCAAUGAUCUCAAGGCAGCUGGGACCAUAGUCACCAAGAAAACAAUUGGUAACACACUACGCCGUGAAGGACUGAAAUCCUGCAGCGCCCGCAAGGUCCCCCUGCUCAAGAAAGCACAUAUACAUGCCCGUCUGAAGUUUGCCAAUGAACAUCUGAAUGAUUCAGAGGAGAACUGGGUGAAAGUGUUGUGGUCAGAUGAGACCAAAAUGGAGCUCUUUGGCAUCAACUCAACUCGCCGUGUUUGGAGGAGGAGGAAUGCUGCCUAUGACCCCAAGAACACCAUCCCCACCAUCAAACAUGGAGGUGGAAACAUUAUGCUUUGGGGGUGUUUUUCUGCUAAGGGGACAGGACAUCUUCACUGCAUCAAAGGGAUGAUGGACGGGGCCAUGUACAGUCAAAUCUUGGGUGAGAACCUUCCCUCAGCCAGGGCAUUGAAAAUGGGUCGUGGAUGGGUAUUCCAGCAUGACAAUGACCCAAAACACACGGCCAAGGCAACAAAGGAGUGGCUCAAGAAGAAGCACAUUAAGGUCCUGGAGUGGCCUAGCCAGUCUCCAGACCUUAAUCCCAUAGAAAAUCUGUGGAGGGAGCUGAAGGUUCGAGUUGCUAAACGUCAGCCUCGAAACCUUAAUGACUUGGAGAAGAUCUGCAAAGAGGAGUGGGACAAAAUCUACAAGAAACGUCUGACCUCUGUGAUUGCCAACAAGGGUUUUGCCACCAAGUACUAAGUCAUGUUUUGCAGACGGGUCAAAUACUUAUUUCCCUCAUUAAAAUGCAAAUCAAUUUAUAACAUUUUUGACAUGCGUUUUUCUGGAUUUUUUGUUGUUGUUAUUCUGUCUCUCACUGUUCAAAUAAACCUACCAUUAAAAUUAUAGACUGAUCAUUUCUUUGUCAGUGGGCAAAUGUACAAAAUCAGCGGGGGAUCAAAUACUUUUUUCCCUCACUGUAUGUAUAAUAUUGCAGAGACAAGUCACCUAUGUAAACUCAGCAAAAAAAUAAACAUCCCUUUUUCAGGACCCUGUCUUUCAAAGAUAAUUAGUAUAAAUCCAAAUAACUUCACAGAUCUUCAUUAUUAAAGGGUUUAAACACUAUUUCCCAUGCUUGUUCAAUGAACCAUAAACAAUUAAUGAACAUGCAACUGUGGAACGGUCGUUAAGACACUAACAGCUUACAGACGGUAGGCAAUUAAGGUCACAGUUAUGAAAACUUAGGACACUAAAGAGGCCUUUCUACUGACUCUGAAAAACACCAAAAGAAAGAUGCCCAGGGUCCCUGCUCAUCUGCGUGAACGUGCCUUAGGCAUGCUGCAAGGAGGCAUGAGGACUGCAGAUGUGGCCAGGGCAAUAAAUUGCAAUGUCCGUAAUGUGAGACGCCUAAGACAGCGCUACAGGGAGACAGGACGGACAGCUGAUCGUCCUCGCAGUGGCAGACCAUGUAACAACACCUGCACAGGAACGGUACAUCCGAACAUCACAACUGCGGGACAGGUACAGGAUGGCAACAACAACUGCCCGAGUUACACCAGGAACGCACAAUCCCUCCAUCAGUGCUCAGAAUGUCCGCAAUAGGCUGAGAGAGGCUGGACUGAGUGCUUGUAGGCCUGUUGUAAGGCAGGUCCUCACCAGACAUCACCGGCAACAACGUUGCCUAUGGGCACAAACCCACCGUCGCUGGACUAGACAGGACUGGCAAAAAGUGCUCUUCACUGACGAGUCGCGGUUUUGUCUCACCAGGGGUGAUGGUCGGAUUCGCGUUUAUUGUCGAAGGAAUGAGCGUUACACCGAGGCCUGUACUCUGGAGCGGGAUCGAUUUGGAGGUGGAGGGUCCGUCAUGGUCUGGGGCGGUGUGUCACAGCAUCAUCGGACUGAGCUUGUUGUCAAUGCAGGCAAUCUCAACCAUGUGCGUUACAGGGAAGACAUCCUCCUCCCUCAUGUGGUACCCUUCCUGCAGGCUCAUCCUGACAUGACCCUCCAGCAUGACAAUGCCACCAGCCAUACUGCUCGUUCUGUGCGUGAUUUCCUGCAAGACAGGUGCCAGCAGUGAGCAGGAUUAAUAUUGAGCAGAGAGGGCAAGUACCUUGCUAAAAUUGCAGGAGCAGUGCUUGUAAUAUUGCGAACAACCAGAUAAAUUGCGCCUAUGAUAAAUUGCAGACAGAGCUGUUGUACAGUUGACAAGUCGCUAUGAUAAUAUUGCAGGAGAAGUCCUUGUAUAAAUUGAAGGUCACCAGUAUAAUAUUGCAGAGACAAGUAAGUGGUUGUUUCUUGACUGACCACUCAGAUCUACAAAGAGCCCUGGCCAACCUGGCGAGAGCUACAUUGGAGUCAGUGGUACAGGAGAGGUACGUGUGUCUGUAUUUGAGUUGUCUGUGUCCGAUUAUGCCUCUGCCCACGGUGGCUACAUAGUUUGUAAGGUGUCAUUCAUUCAUCCUUUCCCAUUGUCAGGUUUGGCUCGCGGUCUGCUAGGAUCUUCCGUCUGUUGCUAAGGAAACGUCACCUGGAGCAGAAGCAGGUGGAGGACUUUGCUAUGAUCCCUGCCAAGGAGGCCAAAGACAUGCUGUACACACUGCUGUCAGAGAACCUGGUACAGCUACAGGUAACACACACACACACACCCACACACAAUAUACGAACCAUACAUUAUCAUGCUCACCUGUGUUUUGCCCCCCUAGGAAAUCCCUAAGACUCCUGACUACGCCCCUUCACGUACCUUUUACCUGUACACUGUCAACCAGCUGCCUACUGCCCGCCUGCUGCUACAACACUGCUACAAGGUACACAUUCAAACUAAGCUAUACUAUGAGCAGCAGGAUGAAACACAGAUAUUGCAGAUGAAUGCAAUGCAAGAUGUUGCACUCGCUACAAAAUAUUUGCAAACCUGAGGCAGCGGAAGUGUUGCAGUUUACCAAACACAUAUUGUCCACAUAUUGACACAUUAAAUCCCCUGCCUCUUUCUGACUCUCCCCUCUAUAACUAGACAUGUACAUUUAAAACUGUCUAAAUAAAGAGGAAAUACGGAAGGAGAACGAGUCAAAAACAUUCCACAGGGAUGUUGGUCCAUGCUGGACGCGAUGGCAUCACACGGUUGCUGCAGAUUGUGCGGCGGUACACCACCGCCACCAGCCUGUACCGUUGACACCAGGCAGGAUGGGUCCAUGGACUCAUGCUGCUUAUGCCAAAUCCUGACUCUGCCAUCAGCAUGACACAACAGGAACUGGGAUUCGUUGGAUGUUUUUCCACUCCUCAAUUGUCCAGUGGUGUUUGUUGAUCACGUGCCCACUGGAGCCGCUUCUUCUUGUUUUUAACAGAUAGGAGUGGAACCCGUUGUGGUCGUCUGCUACAAUAGCCCAUCCGUGACAAGGAUCGACGAGUUGCCGUUCUGCACACCACUGUUGUACUGCGCCGUUAUUUGUCUGUUUGUGGCCCGCCUGUUGCACGAUUCUUGCCAUUCUCCUUCGACCUCUCAUCAACAAGCUGUUUUCGCCCACAGGACUGCCGCUGACUGGAUGUUUUUUGUUUGUCCAUUCUCGGGAAACCAUAGACACUGUCGUGCGUGAAAAGCCCAGGACAGCGGCCGUUUCGAGAUACUGGAUCUGGCACCGACGAUCAUACCACUCUCGAAGUCGCUUCGGUCACUCGUUUUGCCCAUUCUAACAUUCAAUCAAACAGUAACUGAAUGCCUGUCUGCCUGCUUUAUAUAUCAAGCCACGGCCACGUGACUCAGUCUGUAGGAGCAAUCUAUUUUUGUGAAUGUGGUGGUGUACCUAAUAAAAUGGCCGGUGAGUGUGUAUAUAAUAUAUGUGCAUGUGCACCGGUGUGCUUCACGGUGCUGCAACUUGAUAGCUUCAGGAACAAAACAGCAGAGAGAUUUAGUGUUGCAAUUCACACUCCAUUGUUGUGGAAGUCCGCCUGGUAUUGCUUCUACGUCUGCAUUGCUUGCUGUUUGGGGUUUUAGGCUGGGUUUCUGUAUAAGCACGUUGUGACAUCUGCUGAUGUUAAAAGGGCUUUAUAAAUACAUUUGAUUUGUUUGCUGUUUACUUCGUGCAUCGCUGACUUGACAAUUAAUAGUGGAUCACUGACUUGCAGAUAGGGCUGGGAAUUGCCAGUUGGUCCUCACGAUACGAUAUUAUCACAAUACUUAGGUGCCGAUACGAUAUGUAUUGCGAUUCUCACGUUUCUAUAUGUGAUUCGAUAUUGCAAUGUGAUGUUCCAAACACAUUGCUCACUAUAUGUCUGCUGCAGAGAGACGAGAGCGCAUGAGAACAUUUGUUUUGAUCAGUCAUGGAAAUAAAAGUGCAGAAAAUGUGUUGACUUACUAUAUAAAAAGAAGAUGGAGAACAAGUCCAAAAAAAUAUUGCGAUAUGUAACUGUACAUUUGUCCCCCAUCACUACUUGCAGACAGUGGCUAAUCUGAUUGAGAGGCGCCUCUUCGAGACCAAGGAGAACAAGUGAGUUUAUUGAUUGAUUCCUAAGUGGAUGGAUGGAUAGAUUUUGGUUUUAUUCACUAAGUUUCCUGCUAAGAUUUCUUUAGGUCUGCAUAUUGACUUUGAGGACAAUAGAGGACCACAAUGGAAAAAGUAUUUGACUUUUUGUGUAUAUAAUCCUCUGAAAUGUUGGUACAAGACUUCCUGUGUUUGAUUGACAGACGUCUGCUGGAGAAGUCCCAGCGAAUCGAGGCGAUCCUGGCGUCGCUGCAGGCCAGUGGGGCGGAGCCUGAACAGCUGACAGAGGUGGAGGAGAUGAUCACUGCCCCCGAGAGACAGCAGCUAGAAGCCCUGCGACAUCACAUCAACAAGUACUGCAUUACUACUACACCUAAAUUACUAUUACACCUUAAUUACUACUACACCAUAAUUACUUCUACACCCAUACUAUAGAUCUAUAGAGACAGCAGCUACAACAUCAUAUCAACAAGUACAGCAUUACUACUACGACUACACACAUACUAUAGAUCAGGGAUGGGGAUGGGGGCGGGGGCCACAUCCAUAACCACACAUGCAGUCAGAGCCGGCCCUAGCCUUUUGGGGGCCCUAAGCUAGGAGAGAAUAAAUUGACAUUUUCAAGUUAAUUUCCUGCAAUUCUACACAUUUUGCCAUACGGUGGAGAGAAAUGUUUUCAGUUUUUAAUGACAUCUGAGUGAGAGCGACUAAUUCGACCAUGAUUACUACAAGUUUAGAUAGCUGGCUAGACUAACUUACUAAUUUAGUGACUGACAUAAGAGAAACUGCUGAUGCACAACAAAUUUCAAAAUUGCACCUUGUGUAUUCUACUAUUCUAACUCUCAACAGUAAGUUGAGACCUCCAACUAGAGGACCUACGACAUCACAUCAACAAGUACUACUACAAUACUAAUACUACGACACCCAUACUAUAUAUCUAUAGACAACAGCUGGAAGCCUACGACAUCACAUCAACAAGUACUACUACAAUACUACUACUACUACUACUACUAUUACUGCUACGACACCCAUACUGUAUAUCUAUAGACAACCGCUAGAGGCCUACGACAUCACAUCAACAAGUACUACUACAUACUUGUUACUAUGACACCGUUAUUACUAAUACUGCUCCAUUACAGUAGCUUUAUUAUCUCUCUCUCUUCUCCUUGCUUUUACUCCCUGAAGGUUGGACUCUACAGAGAACCAGGUGGAUGAGACUAUCUUUCUACUGGAGUCCUACAUCUUCUCUACCAAGACCAAGUGAGAGGGAGGGAGGGAGAACACGAUGGACAUAAAGGUGCAUCAAUAAAAUAUGUUUGGGUUGAUAUACCUGACUCACUUGGUGCUUUUUUUGCCUGACGUACAGAUUGUCAUUAUUUAAGUUUUAUGUUCAAGAAUGUCUGCUAGUGUGAAAGUGUUUUUUGUAUUAUAGAAUGAAGUAGUCUGAAAUGCCUGAUUUUGAAAUUUGAUAUAAUACAAUAUUUG